UCGAGUCGUUUUCCGUCACACCAUCCCAUCGUUCCAACACGACACGAUACGACACAGCGCACAGUCGUACAUCUCAACAAUGGCUCCAUCCGCGGAUAUAACCGAUUCCCCCUCCCCCAUCUCUACGGAGACCACCAUUUCUGCCCUCCGAAAGACCCUCGUCUCCGAAGCCACGCCCCUCCCCCUACGCUUCCGCGCCCUCUUCUCGCUCAAGCACGUCGCGACCAACUCACCUCCCCCCGAUGCGGAAGCCGCCAUUGACGCCAUCGCCGCUGCAUUCUCCUCCACUUCCGCCCUCCUAAAGCACGAGCUUGCUUAUUGCUUGGGCCAGACCCGCAACCUGCGCGCCGUGCCCCCGCUACGUCAUGUGCUGGAAGACUUGAAAGAGGACCCCAUGUGCCGCCACGAGGCGGCCGAGGCGCUCGGAGCGUUGGGUGACGCCGGCAACUUGGAGCUUCUGCGUCGGUUCCGGGAUCGCGAGGGUGAGGAGGUGGUGGUCAAGGAGACGUGCGAGAUUGCCGUGGACCGGUUGGAGUGGGAGAAUUCGGAGCAAAGAAAGGAGGAAAAGCUGCGCAAGAGCGACUUCACAUCCAUUGACCCCGCACCGCCUUUGGAGGAAACCCAACGGACAGUCGACCAACUCGAAAAGACCCUCAUGGAUACCGACAAACCCCUUUUCUUGAGGUACCGCGCCAUGUUCGCCCUCCGGGACCUCGCCUCGCCGCCCGACCUCCCCACAGCCGUCCCCGCCGUCCACGCGCUCGCCAAGGGCUUCGCCGACCCCUCGGCCCUGUUCCGCCACGAGAUCGCCUUCGUCUUUGGCCAGCUCGCCCACCCCGCCUCCAUCCCCGCGCUGAUAGCGGCGCUCAGCAACCUGGAGGAAGCCAGCAUGGUCCGUCACGAGGCUGCGGAGGCCCUCGGCAGUCUGGGCGAGGAGGAAGGCGUCGAGGAUACACUGAAGAAGUUUUUGCAUGAUAAGGAGAAGGUGGUGAGGGAUAGCGUUAUCGUCGCGUUGGAUAUGGCCGAGUACGAGGCGAGCGGGCAGACCGAGUAUGCUUUGAUUCCGGAGGGAGCCAGGGCAGCAGCAUAAUGGGGCAUAUUUCGACUCUCUAUUCUUUUCGCGUUAUUUUUAUUUUUUAUUUAUUUUUAUUUUUUAUCGAACGCCUUUAUGACGUAUAUACGUUCCUCAGUUGUUAUGCGACCACCU